UUAUGAUGAAACGGAAUGUAUAGCGUCCAAUCAAAUUCCGCUUUUAAGUACUGUAAGGCUUACUUUUUCCUCUUUUUCUUACAAGGACUACUUUUUUCUUUUGUCCUUUGCAUACACAGCCAAAUGUCAUGUCAUUCGCGAUUCCCGGUUAUUUCCAUGACUUGAAGACUAAUAAAUAUUAUAAAAUUACACCAUCAGGGCCAUUCAGCUUACCUGAAUUGCGGAAGAGGCUCCAACGAGAGAAGGAGAAAGAAGAGGAAGACCAGAGAGCAGCAUUAGCAGCAAAAGAAAAGGUGAAGGUCUGUAAUAGAUACUCCCCUUCUACAACAAUACCGAAAAAUAUCAUUGACUACUUGCAACAAAGAAAAAUCAAUGGUGGUUCACUCUCUUCUUUUUUUGGUGGAGCGAAUCUCUUAAAGCUAAUGGCAAAGCGAUCGAGUGUCAGGUUAUGCGAUCCUGUUGCGACAUACGAACCUUUAUUCGUACAGUUAACCCAAGGUUUCGAUAGUUAUGGCGAAUUUUUUUUGGCAGGAGGACGACUACUUCAGCGCUUUGGAUAUCAAUUGGAACCACAGUUCCAGGUCUGGCAGAAAGAAGGCCCACAGAAUAGAUCUUUGAUUAAUGGUCUUGGGAGGAGUAAUCGUAUCAUAAAAGUCGAAGGGCUACCUUGCCAGUCUGUGUUUGUAGCCGAAGAAACUCAACUCACUUGUCUGGACUAUUUAAUGGCAACUUCAUUGUUAGCUGAAGAGAUUCAACAGUAUCUCCCCUCUGCUGAAAGUGGAGCCGCACGGGAUAACCAAGAAAUUAUCCGGGGCACAAUUUCUUCUCAACAUCAACCUAUCCGUGCCCGAGCAUUUAAACCCAAAAGAGAUAUGUUGUGGAGUGUCAGUUGUAAUGAUAAUGCUGGGGGCUCUCAAAGCAUAAUCACUGGCGGCGAUAGAGCCAUCUAUAUGCUUAAUUCUGAAAUUCGUUUGACGCGUUUAUGGAAGGUAAAAUCGUCUGUCUUUGCUUUAUGUAUGGGCUUUAACAAUCAUGAAUACGGCAACAACAACUACUGGGUUGGGCAUAGAGAUGGAAAAAUUAGAUUUCAAGACAUUCGACUAAAAUAUAUGAGCAGUUAUACUGUGAGAGAAAGCUCAUCUAUUUGUCAAAUACAAGCGUUAAACGAGAAUGAAAUUGUUACUAUAGCAAUGAAUGGGGAUAUAGCAGUUUGGGAUAAACGCCAAAUGAAAGAUCAGCAGCAACAGCGACAGCCUCUACAGCAAUUGAAAGGAUACAUUGAUAACAACAAUAUUAAUCGGUCUUUGGGCUUUGAUGUUGAUCCCGUUAACCAACUUGUCGCAGCUUCGGGUAUUGAUGGGCAUGUGAGAAUAUGGUCUUUAUCGAAACCGGAUCCAAUAUGGGUCUCCAAGAAAUAUAAAAGGGUAGUUCCUGCUUUGAAAUUAUUCACCAAUCCUGACAAAUAUCCACGGAUAGAAGAAGGCUGGUCAUCUAUUCUGCCAGAUGGGUUAAUCACAUCUAGGAAAAUUCCAGGGUUGCUACUUUUUGGUGCAAGCGAAAAACGUGAUGAACCAUUUAGCAUAGACUGGUUCACUUCACUAAAAUAGUGUGAACAAUAAUGUCCACUGCUCUGCACACGUUGCUUAUAUAUGUCAGCGUCACGCAAAUAAUGUCUUUGUGAUGGUUGGCUAAUUAUGAACGCCAAUAUACGACAUCUACAAAUGGGAAAUAAAGUUGUGCUACUGAUUUUUAUGUUUGAAAUAUGAUUUUUAAUUGAUAAUUGUAUCAAUUACACUUCUAUGGACUGCAUGCAUAAUUUAUUGUUGAUAAAAUGCAG